AUGUUUCAGGAGGGCAGUGAUCCAGGAGUAGAUGUAUCGGAGGAUGAGGAAUUAAGAGGUGCAUUGGAUAUGCAUCAACUCAUCUAUCAACAAGGACCACUCUCUGAUUCACCACCGCAGACUGCUGAUCAAGUUAUCGAAGAAAUCGAUCAAAUGCUACAGUCAUGCGAUUUUACUGGUUCAAUGAUGACCGAUCGUACGAUGGAAUCCGUCGACAGUAUGUAUUCAUCAAUGCGCUCUCCGCUGCCAUCCGCACAGUCCGAGCUGGACGCCAAGUUCAGGCAGGCCACUGCCAUCACUGCAAAUCCUGAAUGUAAGCAUUCUUGCUGUUUUAAACUGAACCGUUUGAUGUAUCCAGGCCUAGAUGAUCUUCAGUCACUAUCGUACAGUAAAUUGGUUACUUUAAAUGCUGAAAUGGAGCAACUCAUACAGGUUUAUAACGACAGUUUAGUGGAGCAAUUGGCGCAUAGGGAUGAAUUGGAAUAUGAGAAAGAAAUGAAGAAUACUUUUAUCUCGUUACUUCUAUCCAUCCAGAAUCGACGACGACAAUUUGCUAAUGAACGAAAACGAAAAGCGCUCAAAAUCGAUUCAUCACAAUUGCCGCAGUAUAUGACUGCAUCGAUACCCUACGAUGAAACACAUCAAAAUAUGGACAACAACACCUUGCAAGCACUCAUCAAAUUAUUACGAGCGAUCGACGAUGACAAUCCAGCAGUUCCGAGCAUGCUCACCGAUUAUAUCCUGACUGUGCUUUGCCCGUCGACUACAUCGUCUAUGAUAGCGAAUAUUGUGAAUUAA